AUGAUUAAACAUGUCUUCAACUCUGUGCCAGUGUACCAGAUGGGAACUUUCAAGUUUCCAAACAAUAUUCUCAACAAGCUCACUUCCAUUGAAAUAGGGUUUUUAUGGGGUCACAACUCUAACAGAGGGAUGAACCCAAUUGGUUGGAACAAAGUAUGCAAACCUAAAGAGAAAGGAGGACUUGCCAUUAGAGAUCUGGAAAAGCUAAAUCUUGCCUUACUCACUAAGAUAGCCUGGAGAAUAUGUACUAAGUCUGAUAAAUUAAUGGUUCAAGUGAUUAGAGGGAAAUAUUUCAAAAUGGAGAUAUUCUUCACUAGCAGAUUGAAGCUAAAAGUUGUUCUUACACUUGGAAUGGCAUUACCAAAGGAAUGCAUAUUAUUCAGGAGAAUUAUUUCAUGGAAGUUAAUAAUGGUGUCAAAACCAGAAUAUGGCUUGACAGGUGGAUACCAGUACUUCAGUUUGAAAGAAUUUAUGGGGAUUUGUGGUGUUUGUGGCCUAAGAGAAGAAACAAUGGAACACUUGAUUUUCGAAUGUUCUCAUGCUAGAGCAGUCUGGAGAGAUGUAAACAUUGAUAUUGAAGCAGUCAAAAGAAGUUUUGAUAAAGUCUCCAACUGGGUGUUAAGUUGGUUUUCUUCUAGAAAUUAUGCUGCAGAUGAAAAAUAUCUCUACACCCUCAUGAUAGGAAUAUGGGUUAUAUGGAAAGAUCGUUGUGAUAAAAUCUUCCAGGGAGUAUCUCUUAAUCACUCCUCUUCUGCUCAUAAGAUAAACUAUAACUUAUCUUCACACUUGCAUAAAACAGGAGAUAAUUCCACUGAAUUACAGGAUAACUGCAUUCCUAGAUGGUUGCCUCAUGAGGAGGGAGUUUUAAAGUUCAAUGUUGAUACUUCAUUUGAUCAUAAUACUAACCAACUUGGAACUGUUGUUGCUUUACGUGAUCACACAGGGCAAUGCAUCAGGGGAAAAUACACAGAUGGAGUUUUAAGUGCUGAAAUGGGAGAAUGCAUGGCAAUAAGAGAGGCUCUGAGUUGGGCGAAAAGAAUGCAAUGCUUAAGUAUUCAUGUGGAGGCUGAUGCAGAGCUGGUUAUUCAAUCAAUAAAUGGAAUCUCAUUACUCAUUCAAUGA